CCAAAAACCAAAGCCAUUGGAUUGGACCACCUCAUCUUCCUCACUCCCUCUUUUUGGGAACCAUUCUCUCUCUCCUCUUUUUUUUUCCCCUUUUCCAGUUCUACUUCUACACACCCAAAUUCAAAAGCAAAAGAAAAAAAAAGGGAAAUUUAUGGAACCUAUCUCACAGUCUCAGGCAUAGAACCACAGGUCGAAGAAGCAGGAGCAGAAGCAGAAGCAGGAAGUCCAUUUUGGACGGAUUUAUCCCACCCUGCAUUGACCCAUUAAAGCCAGAGAGCGAAAAGAGGAAAAAAAAAAAAACUGUGAGAGAGCUAAAAAAAGAGAGAGAAAGGUUCACAGCAGUACUUCAGAUGAUGAUUAUAGCUUCCAGCAGUAGCAGCAGCAGCAGCUCUCAAUUCUCAUCAUGAAUAAAUAUAUGAAAUCUCAAUUCCUUCUUCCAUCUCUCUUCCCCCAAAGAUUCUUCGCCCACCACCGCCAUCUGGGUUAGUCUUUUAACCCAUCAAGAUCGUUUCUUUUUUCUUUUUAAAGCUUAAUCUGCUCUGCUGGUGAUUUGGGUCGGAUUUCAAUUUCUAUGGGAGGACAAAAGUCGGAGGACAUGGUGGUGGUUUCAUCAGCAGGAGGAUUUUAUUACUCGGAAAUGAAUUCCAAUUCGAAUAAUAAUUCCGGGUUCGGGUUCGGGUUCGAAACGGAGCCCACCGGCGGCGGGGAGUUUCACGAUCAGAACAUGAUGGUGGUUGGGCCAUGGGGGCCGACGGCGGCGGCGGCAGACGACAACAGAUUCCAGCUUGUUGAUGAUGCCGAAAAUGAUUCGUCUGCUUUGAGAUGUGUGUUUCCUUGCGAGGGAAAUGAGAGGCCAAGCCAAGGCCUUUCUCUCUCUCUCUCUUCCUCUAAUCCUUCUUCUAUUGGCUUACAAUCCUUUGAACUCAGACCACAAAAUCAAUCUUCCACUGCGGCUAUGUUUCAGCUUCGGAAUUCAAGAUUCUUGGCCCCAGCUCAGAACCUUCUUUGUGAGUUUUGUAGCCUUGGAGAAACAAUCACCAAUAAUAAUAACAACAAUUCUUCUUCUCCCUCAAAACACAACAACAACAACACAUCAAUCAAACAGUGGGAAUUGGAACAUGGGUCUUCUUCUUCCACCAAACUCUCGCUCCACUCCCUCGAUUUCGUCGAGUUGCAAAAGCGAAAAAGCAAGCUCUUUUCCAUGCUUGAAGAGGU